AUGAAAAAUUUUGUAUGGGUGAAUACGUGUUUGCUUGACCAAACAUCUACGCAUAAUAAUGAGAAUUACUACCAUCACCUUUGCCUCACUAUCGAGUCUACUUCUGUCUCUCUAUCCAAUAUUCACUUGUCUCUUUAUCCGAUCUUUAUUUGUCUCUCUAUCCGAUCUUUAUUUGUCUCUCUAUUCAAUAUUCCUUUGUCGCUCUCUAUACGAUAUUUGUCUCUCUAUUACGACCUCUUCUUUUUCUAUAUCCAAUAUUCAUGUGUCUUUCUCUCUGUUUUCGUUUUGUCCGAUCUCCAUUUUCUAUCUAUCCACUCUUACUUUCUCUCUCUCUAUAUGAUCUUCAUUAGUCACUUCAUCGGCUCCUAUUCUGUCUGUAUAUACAAUAUUUAUUUGUCUCUCUAUUCUGUUUUUGUGUCUUUAUUCAAUGUUCAUUUGUCUCUCUCUCCUAUCUUUUGCUACUACCGGGUCAUUUUCUGUCUCUCUAUCCAAUAUUCAUUUGUCUCUCUAUCCGUUCAUUAUUUGUCACUCUAUCUGACUCUCUUCUGUCUCUCUAUCCAAUAUUCAUUUGUCUCUCUAUCCGUCUCUUUAUUUGUCUCCUCUAUCUGUUUAUCUGUUUUCCUCUCUAUCCAAUAUUCAUUUGUCUCUCUCUAUCCGUUCUUUAUUUGUCUCUCUAUCGGGCUAUCUUCUAUCUCUCUAUCCAACAUUCAUUUGUCUCUAUCCUCAUCCAAUAUUCAUUUAUCUAUCUAUCUAUCUAUUUAUUUGUCUCUAUUUGUCUCUCUUCUCUCUCUCUCUAUCCAAUAUUCAUUUGUCUCCUCAUCCGUUCAUGUAUUUAUCUAUCUAUCUAUUUUUUGUCUCUCUAUCCAGACAUUCAUUUGUCUCUCUCCUCCGUUCUCUCUCCUAUUUGUCUUCCUCAUCAGUCCAAUCUAUCUAUCUAUCCAAUAUUCAUUUGUCUCUCUAUCCGUUCUUUAUUUGUCUCUCUCUCUCUUCUGUCUCUCUAUCCAGACAUUCAUUUGUCUCUAUCCGUCUUUGUCUCUAAUCUGUCUAUCUAUCCAAUCUCAUUUGUCUCUAUCCGUUUUUAUUUGUCUCUAUCGGACUCUCUUCUCUCUCUAUCCAAUAUUCAUUUGUCUCUCUAUCCGUCUCUCUCUGCCCGGUAGACAUCUCUCUCAUCAGUCCAUAUUUAUCUAUCUAUCCAUCUAUCUAUCUAUCUCUAUCAUUCAUUCUUUCUCCUUUGUCUCUCUAUCUCCCUCUCUUCCUGUCCUAUCCAAUAUUCAUCUGUCUAUCUAUCCGUUCCCAGUCAUUCAUUUUAUCUCUCUCUCUAUUAUCUCAGUCUCCAUCUAUCUAUCUGUCUAUCUAUCUAUCUUAACAGACAUUCAUUUGUCUCUCUCUCUCUCUCUCUGCCAGGUAUCUGUAAUGUAUCCUCCAUCAUCCAUUGUCUAUCCGUCUAUCUUAUUUAUCUAUCUAUCAGACAUUCAUUUUCCAUCCGUUCUAUCUAUCUAUCUAUCUACAGUAGACAUUCAUUUGUCUCUCUCUCUGGCUCUCUCUCUGUCUAUCUAUCUAUCUAUCUAUUCUAUUUGUCUCUCUAUCUCCUUCUCUCUGCCGUCUCUCUAUCCUCAGUCAGUCCAUGUUUAUCUAUCUAUCUAUCUAUCUGUCUAUCUAUCUAUAACAGACAUUCAUUUUUGUCUCUCUCCUCUCUCUCUCUCUCUCUGCCCAAUAUUCAUUUGUCCUCCAGUCCAUUUUUCAUCAUCUAUCUAUCUAUCUAUCUAUCUUCUAUCUAUCUAUCCAGACAUUUAUUUGUCUCUCCCUCUCUCUCUCUCUCUCCAAUAUUCAUUUGUCUCUCAGUCCAUUUUAUUUGUCUAUCUAUCUAUCUCUCUAUCUAUCUAUCUAUCCAGACAUUCAUUUGUCUCUCUAUCCCUCUCUCUCUCUCUUCUAUCUACUCUCCUCAGUCAGUCAUUUGUCUCUCUAUCUCUCUAUCUCUCUCUGUCUAUAACAGACAUUCAUUUGUCUCUCUCCCUCUCUCUCUCUCUCUCCCUCCAAUAUUCAUUUGUCUAUCUAUCCUAUCUAUCUAUCUAUCUCUCUAUCUAUAACUGUCUCUCUCAUUUGUUUUGUCUCUCUCCUCUCCCUCUCAUUUCUGUCUCUAUCUCCGUCUCUCUCUCUCUCUGCCGGGUCUCCAUCCCAUUCCAUUAUCUAUUUGUCUAUCUAUCUAUCUGUCUAUCUAUCAUUCAUUUGGGCUCUCUCUGUCUCUCUGCCAAUAUUCAUUUGUCUCCUCAGUCCGUUCUUUAUUUCUAUCUCUAUCUAGAUCUAUCUAUCUAUAACAGACAUUCAUUUGUCUCUCUAUCUCUCUCUCUCUGCCCGAGUAUUGUAUCCUCCAGUCAGUCCAUGUUUUAUCUAUCUAUCUAUCUAUCUAUCUAUCUAUCUAUAACAGACAUUCAUUUGUCUCUCCUCUCCCAAUCUCUCUGCCCUCUAUCCAAUAUCCUCAGUCAGUCCAUGUUUAUCUAUCUAUCUAUCUAUCUAUCUAUCUAUCUAUCUAUAACAGACAUUCAUUUGUCUCUCUCCUCUCUCUCUCUCUCUCUGUCAUCUCUAUCCUCAGUCAUUCAUUUGUCUAUCUAUCUAUCUCUUUAUCUUGUCUAUCUUAUCAUUCUCUCUCUCCUCUCUCUCUCUCUCCAGACAUUCCUCAGUCAGUCUCAUGUUUAUCUAUCUAUCUAUCUCUAUCUGUCUAUCUAUCUAUCUAUCUUUGUCUCUCUCCAAUCUUCAUUUGUCUCUAUCCUCAGUCUUAUUUGUCUCUCAGUCAGUCCAUGUUUAUCUAUCUCUCUAUCUAUCUAUCUAUAUUCAUUUCUCUCUCCCUCUCUCUCUCUCUCUGCCGAUUUGUCAUCUCCUCAUCAGUCAAUCAGUAUCUGUCUUUAUCUAUCUAUCUAUAACAGACAUUCAUUUGUCUCUCUCCUCUCUCUCUCUCUCUGCCCAUUUGUCUAUCUAUCAGUCCAUGUUUAUCUAUCUAUCUGUCUCUAUAACAACAUUCAUUUGUCUCUCUCCUCUCUCUCUCUCUCUGCCUAUUUGUCUCCUCAGUCAGUCCAUGUUUAUCUAUCUAUCUAUCUAUCUAUCUAUCUAUCUAUCUAUCUGUUCAUUCAUUUGUCUCUCUCCCUCUCUCUCUCUCUGCUCUCUGCCAAUAUUCAUUUGUCUCUCUAUCUAUCUCCAGUUCUUUUCUUUGUCUCUCUCUCUAUCUGUGUAUCCUCAUCAUUUUUUGUCUUCUAUCUAUCUAUCUAUCUAUCUAUCUAUCUAUCUAUCUAUAUCCAGACAUUCAUUUGUCUCUCUCCUCUCUCUCUCUCUCUGCCCGAGUCAUGUCUUAUCCUCAGUCAGUCCAUGUUUAUCUAUCUAUCUAUCUAUCUAUCUAUCUUUCUUUGUCUCUAUCUAUCUCUCUCUCUCUAUCCAGACAUUCAUUUGUCUCUCUAUCCUCUCUCUCUCUAUCUGCCGAGUAGACAUUCAUUUGUCUCUCAGUCAUCCCAUGUUUAUUUAUCUAUCUAUCUAUCUAUCUAUCUAUCUAUCUAUCUAUCUAUAACAGACAUUCAUUUGUCUCUCUCUCUCUCUCUCUCUCUGCCUAUUCAUAUCCUCAGUCAUCCCAUGUUUAUCUAUCUAUCUAUCUAUCUAUCUAUCUAUCUAUCUAUAUUCAUUUGUCUCUCUCCUUUCUCUCUCUCUCCUCUCUCUCUCUCUCAGUCAUCCAAUGUUUAUCAUCUUCUAUCUAUCUCAGUCCGUUCUUCUUUAUCUCUAUCUUUGUCUCUCCCAGUCUAUCUAUCUAUCUAUCUUUCUAUCUCUAUCCGUUCAUUCAUUUGUCUCUCUAUCUAUCUCUCUCUCUAUCUAUCUAUCCUCUCAGACAUUUGUCUUCCGUUCUUCUUUGUCUCUAUCAGACAUUCCAUGUCUCUCUAUCUAUCUCUCUCUAUCUAUCUAUCUAUCCUCUCCAGUCAGUCUAUCUUAUCUAUCUAUCUAUCUAUCUAUUUGUCUAUCUAUCCGUUCUUCAUUUGUCUCUCCUCUCUCUCUCUCUCUGCCAAUAUUAAUGUAUCCUCCAGUCAGUCCAUGUUUAUCUAUCUAUCUAUCUAUCUAUCUAUCUAUCUAUCUAUCUGUCUAUCUACAGACAUUCAUUUGUCUCUCCUCUCUCUCUCUCUCUGCCAAGUAUUCAUUUGUCUCCUCCAGUCAGUCCCAUGUUUAUCUAUCUAUCUAUCUAUCUAUCUAUCUAUCUAUCUAUCUAUCUAUAACAGACAUUCAUUUGUCUCUCUCCUCUCUCUCUCUCUCUGCCUAGUAGACGUAAUGUAUCCUCAGUCAGUCCAUGUUUAUCUAUCUAUCUAUCUAUCUAUCUAUCUAUCUAUCUAUCUAUCCAGACAUUCAUUUGUCUCUCUCCUCUCCCUCUCUCUCUGCCCAGUAGACAUGUGUAUCCUCAGUCAGUCCAUGUUUAUCUAUCUAUCUAUCUAUCUAUCUAUCUAUCUAUCUAUAACAGACAUUCAUUUGUCUCUCUCCCUCUCUCUCUCUCUCUGCCGAGUGAACGUAAUGUAUCCUCAGUCAGUCCAUGUUUAUCUAUCUAUCUAUCUAUCUAUCUAUCUAUCUAUAACAGACAUUCAUUUUCCAUGUUUAUCUAUCUAUCUAUCUAUCUAUCUAUCUAUCUAUCUAUCUAUAACAGACAUUCAUUUGUCUCUCUCCCUCUCCCUCUCUCUCUGCCGAGUGAACGUAAUGUAUCCUCAGUCAGUCCAUGUUUAUCUAUCUAUCUAUCUAUCUAUCUAUCUAUCUAUCUAUAACAGACAUUCAUUUGUCUCUCUCCCUCUCUCUCUCUCUCUGCCAUCCACAUAUUGUAUCCUCAGUCAGUCCAUGUUUAUCUAUCUAUCUAUCUAUCUAUCUAUCUCUCUAUAA